CUUACAUAACACUUCAAGUUUGGUCAUUCUAAAACACUCCUUGGAAAUGACUCUCAUUGCUUCUAACUGGUGAGUUUGGGAAGAGCGGUUCUCCUGGAAUUUGUGGAUUUCAUUAGAGUCUCAUAACUUUGGUACAAGGAAAAAAAAUGCGUGAAAUUGUACAUAUUCAGAUUGGCCAGUGUGGGAACCAGAUUGGAUCCAAGUUCUGGGAAGUGAUUGGGGAUGAGCAUGGAAUUGAUGCCACUGGAAGCUACCAUGGAGACUCAGCCCUGCAGCUUGAGAGAAUCAAUGUUUACUACAAUGAAGCCUAUGCUAAAAAGUAUGUGCCCCGUGCUGUCUUAGUGGAUCUGGAACCUGGUACCAUGGAUAGCAUCCGGUCUAGCAGAUUAGGAACCCUCUUUCAACCUGACAGUUUUGUUCACGGUAAUUCGGGAGCUGGCAACAACUGGGCAAAGGGCCAUUAUACGGAGGGAGCUGAACUGAUUGAACAUGUGAUGGAUGUGGUCAGGAAUGAGAGCGAGAGCUGCGACUGCCUCCAGGGUUUCCAGAUAGUCCACUCACUGGGGGGAGGGACUGGAUCAGGUAUGGGUACUCUCCUCAUGAAUAAGAUCAGAGAAGAAUAUCCAGACCGGAUUAUGAAUUCCUUUAGCAUAAUGCCUUCCCCUAAAGUGUCUGACACAGUUGUAGAACCAUAUAAUGCAGUACUUUCCAUCCACCAGCUCAUUGAGAACACCGAUGCAUGCUUCUGUAUCGAUAAUGAAGCCCUUUAUGAUAUAUGCUUCAGAACCUUAAAGUUGACAACUCCCACCUAUGGGGAUCUCAACCACUUGGUGUCCUUGACAAUGAGUGGGAUCACCACCUCCCUCCGCUUUCCUGGUCAACUUAACGCUGACCUGAGAAAAUUGUCAGUGAACAUGGUUCCUUUCCCCCGGCUCCACUUUUUUAUGCCUGGCUUUGCCCCAUUGACAGCCCGUGGCAGUCAGCAGUACAGGGCUCUCUCGGUCUCUGAGCUCACCCAGCAGAUGUUUGAUGCCCGCAACAUGAUGGCAGCCUGUGACCCUCGCCAUGGCCGUUACUUAACCGUAGCCUGUAUUUUUCGAGGCAAGAUGUCCACCAAGGAAGUAGAUGAGCAGUUGCUCAUGAUACAGACCAGAAAUAGCGGUUAUUUUGUGGAGUGGAUUCCCAACAAUGUCAAAGUUGCUGUAUGUGACAUCCCACCACGGGGGCUAAACAUGGCUGCCACCUUUAUAGGGAAUAACACUGCAAUUCAGGAGCUAUUUAUCAGGGUUUCUGAGCAGUUCUCAGCUAUGUUCAAAAGGAAGGCCUUUGUCCACUGGUACACUGGUGAAGGGAUGGACAUAAGUGAAUUUGGAGAAGCAGAAGGUAACAUCCAUGACUUGGUAUCAGAAUAUCAACAAUACCAAGAUGCCAGAGCAAUCCUGGAGAAGCAUGAGGAGGCAGAGGAAGUUGAGAUAGAACCAGAAGAAAAAGAACAGUAAACAGUGGAAUAAGAGGAAAAAAAUGCUUAAAUGUGAGGUAACCACUCUAUCAAAGAUAUAAUCAAGAAUUUUGCUUAGCAUAGUUUUUGGCGUUUUUUUUUUUUAAACCAUUUUGGCUUUAUGUUCCAAAUACAGUGAAGAAUGGACAUCAAUUAUUUUUUUCUUUGAUGGGGGUUUGGGGUGGGGUGAGGAAUGAAGAUGGGAAACAAACAUUAAAGCAUUCAAUUCCUAGCACUAGCAUUUACCACAUUUAGGAGCUUAUAGUUUAACUGCAGACUGCAUGUCAAUCUAUUUAAUAUGGUAAAUUUGCUGAUAAACAUUAUAAUCAUUCUUUUAAUAUUUACCAAAUGUCUACUAUAUACAAAGCACUGUGUUAGGCAGAAAGGGGGAGGCUACCUCUCUGGUCUGACAGGGAGUCAUUGCAGCUUGAAUCAACUCCAAAAUUCUUUGGGGAUAUAAACUCUGAUCUGGGGAAGAGGGAGUUUGGGGAUUCUUGCUGAACACCUUUGAGAUAGUCUACUUUGAACCUCCUGCUAACCAAGCUUUAUCUUACAUCUUUCCGCUGGCUACCUGAAACCUCAAAUGAAAUAAGACAACCUAACUGUUAGGUUUCACUACAAUUAAGUAAAUACACAUUCAAAAUGUAUUUAAAUGGACACUAUUAGUAAAUCUAAUUUGUAAAAAUCAUUGUGUGCUGGCUAGAAAAAAAUUGAGAAAAUAAGACUACCUCUAAAGCACAGGUAGCUCCCCACAAGGCAUUUAAAUAGUCUUAGAUUACUAAGUCGCUUUUAAAAAAUUUUUAAAUAUUUAUUUUGGUCAUUAUAGAUUAGAUUCAAGAGAAUGUUAUGUGGUUUUUUAAAAUUCUUGAUCCACUUUUAUUUAUAUUCAGAAAAUGUUUUGCAAUCAGUUUGGUUUUAGAAAAAAGGAAAUAAAUCUACAGAUACACACAAAUGUAGAAACUACUGAAAUUUAGGAAUUAAGCAAUUGCCCACUACAAUGUGCUUCUCAGGAAUUGAAAACAUAAUCUCUCAUUGGGGAACAUUUAUACUUAACUACAGAGGUUGCUACAAAUGGCAGCAUUCUGAGAUACUGUUAACUAUAAUACAAUUUUAAUCUGCUCAUAUUAUAAUAAGACUAAAUCCACUAGAGCAAAAUCAGGUAACUUAUAACCUCUUAAUUACAUUUUACCUGUCUCUACUAAAGACAACAGCAACUGCCAUUCCUUUUCUACAAUAUAAGGAAUAUAAGGUUUUUUUUUAGCAUUAUCACUUACUUAUGUUAUUUGAUCCAGUUGUUAAAAAAAAAAGGCUUUUUAAUUUUCCUUACACUGAAAAUGUUUUUUUUGUAAGCAAUUGGGUUUCCAUUCCUCUUAUUUACUUUUGUGAUUGGCUAGAAUAAAUAUAGGAACACCAGGAAGUGGAAGAGUGAGGGAGUGGUGCAAUCUGACGAGAAUGUCGCUUUUUUUAAAAUAAGGCACCAUGGUAACACCAAGGCAAAGGAAGUCACGAGAAAGUUUGCCAAGCAAAUAAGGCUGACCAUCUGCAUUACUGAUACAGAUAUCAAAUCUGGUGCCUCUAAGCCAUUUUCUACUUGGAGAGGAAACACUGAAUUCAAUUCAAUAAAUUAAAGGAUUUACUGUACAGUACUGUACUGUGCUGUCUGGCACUACGGAAGAUAAGAUAAAUCAUACAAAGCCCCCUACCUUUCAAAUUUCACUAUUUAAUAGUGAACAUCAAGUAUAUAAAAUUAACUAGUGCAAAAUAGACUAUUAAAAAUGUCUAAGAGAUGUACAGGGAGUUCAGGGAAGAAAAGGGACUUUUCCUCAGGGAGUUCUGAGGAGGAAAAGGUGACAUGUUCUGUCAAGGGACAGGAAAAGCUUUAUGGAGAAGGUAGAAUUUGACCUGGACAUUGAAGAAUGGGUAGGAUUUCAAUAGGUGGAUAUUAGGAUGAAAGGAAACGCAAGGCUAAGGGAGUGAAGGAAAUGUCAGGCAUAGGGAACAGAAAAAACAGAGGCAUUAAAAAAAUCCCUCAGAAUAUGUUCAGAUUGUCAAGUUUGGUUGGAUCAUAGUAGAUGAAAUAAAGUACUGAGAUAAGGAUGGAAAGAGAAGUUGAAGCCACAUUUUAGGGGACUCUGAAUAGCAGGCUAAGGAGUUCAUUGACGUGGUAUAUAAUGGGGAGCUGCUGAGGUUCUUUAGCUUCAGAGGAGUGAUGGGAUCAGAGGGUGUACAAUAUGGAAUAAUGUGGCAGCAACAGCUAAGCAUGGGUCUAGGUGGAACGAGCCUAGAGGCAGUAAGCCUGGUUAGGAAACUAUAUCAUAGUCCAGAUAAGAGGUAAAGUGGGGAGGGGCACAAAUGAGGCUAUUAGUGUAAACCGAAAGGAGAAAAAUGGACAAACCAGAAUGAAAAGCAAUUAUUUGCAAUUUAUUUACCAUGUGCCAAGCACUGUGCAAAAUGCUGGGUAUACAAAUACAGUACAAGAGUGAGGCAGUCCCUGCCUUCAAAGAGCUUAUUUAUAGUAAAUUAACAAUUUACAAAAGACAAAACUUAUAGGGAAGAUUUGUCCAGGGAAGGGUGCUUUGGCCUGGGAAUUCAAAGAGAUGUUGAAUGAAGUCAUAUGGGAGUCCAUUAACACAUCCUUUCCACAUGCAAUGCUAUUUAUUUGAUGAUUGCAGUGAACAUCUGGGUGAGAUGUGAGUAUGGUAGGGUUGGUGUGGGACUGGAUAGAUAUGGUGGGCUAUGUGAGUUUUCUCUCAUUCAUCAAUCAGGACAGCUUAGCUCUAGAGUAAGAGUUCCAAAGUUCAGUUGAUUAAGUACCCCUGGAAAGGUCAGAGGGUGCUCCAAGUGGCAGGAUGCAAGAAGAUGGCAUGUGUGGAUGACUGGAUUAGAUAUAAAGCAUGAAUUCUGUAGAAUUAAUAGAACUUCCAAUGGAUUAGCUAGGAAAGGAGUCAAAGAUGACUAAGCAUGGGUGACUGAGAAAGUAAUAGGGUUUUUUUUUUUGUUUGUUUGUUUUUUGGUGAGGCAAUCAGGAUUAAAUGACUUGCCCAGGGUC